UAUGGACAGAUGCUUUGUCCCUUUGUGUGUCCGGCCUGUUACAUUGGCAUUGUCUUAGUUGUGUAGCAAACUAAGAGGAACUUUAUUUGCAAAGCUGUCUAAGAAGACAAAGUUCAGCAUGCAUUUUCUGUCUCAACACAACCCAACAGCUCAUUGGAGCACACACUACUACCUGGCAUGUGUAUUUAUCAUGAUUGCCUGCUCUGGACCAGCUUCUCCCCUUCAUGCCCCUCCAGUGAUAACAGGACUCCGCUCUGCUUUCUCUGCCACACGAACCAACAGCGUAGUGGGGGGCAAGCAGAAGGCAGUGAGCUUCGACAGGCUCAUGGUCAACAUUGGAGGGGACUUCAAUCCAGACACAGGUCGAUUCCGCUGCCGCAUCCCUGGGGCUUACUACUUCUCUUUCUCCGUGGGGAAAUUUCCAAAGAAGAUGCUCUCUGUGAUACUGGUGAAGAAUGGAGAGGAGGUGCAGGCUAUAGCGUAUGAUGACUACCGCAAGAAAGGGAGGAAAGUUCAAAGUCAAAGCAUAAUGAUCACUUUGAAGGAAAUGGACACAGUGUGGCUGCUUUUACAGCAGAGUCCCCAAUAUGCCUUGUACAGCAAUGCUGGCCCUUACAUCUCCUUCUCUGGUUACCUCAUCUAUGCUGACACCUCUCCAAACGGCUACAUCAGCAACCACCUGUCCCCAUCAGGGCUGUCCUACCCACAAUGCCCCCCUCAGGCUGACCCCUUGGCAAGAGGUCUGAUGUCAGAGCAGCCACGGUCUGCCUUCUCUGUGGCACGGACAUCCACACUCAUAGGUCAAAGUAUCAGACAGCAGGACAAGCCACCUCUGACCUUUGAUGUGGAAUAUGUCAACAUCGGGGGGCAUUUCAACAAAACCUCAGGCCUGUUCACCUGUCACUUCCCAGGAGCUUACUUCUUCGCCUUCACAGUGGGAAAACACCCUCGUAAGGCUGUUUCUGUGAAGCUUAUGACCGGGAAGGGUGUGGUGCAGGCAAUGGUGUUUGAUGAGGACACUUCGAAGAGACGGGAGAUGCAAAGUCAGAGCCUGCUGCUGUCUCUCCGCCGGGGCGACAGUGUGUGGCUGUACAGUCAGCAGGAUGAGCGUUAUGCUGUCUACAGCAACCAGGGGAGGUACACCACCUUUUCUGGCUUCCUGGUUUAUCUUGAAGCAGAAACACUCCCACCUCCCACCACACAGGACAGAACUCAACUCUAAAUGUCUUUACCCUUCAUAACACAAUCUAUUGUUCAUGUAGACAAUCUUGUAGAUUAUUUUCUAUGUGGAUGAAGCAGGAAAAACAAAUCUGUGGUCAGUAUAGUGUAACUACAUUUAGCCUACUGCUUUGUUUGCUUUUGUUUAUUUUCUCUAGUGUGAAUAAUGUAACUCCAAGGGUAACAGUUGCUGCCAAAUCUCCCCACAAGAUGGUGCUAUGAUACAAUUAUGGACACUGACCAGCAUGCAACGUGGUUAUUUUUUGUCCUUAAAAUGCAAUUAGUUUAGCUGCAAGACAUGGCAACAAGAAAAGUUCAUGUAACAACUUGAAAUAAGUGAAAUAAGUAAUACAACUGGGGGUUUGGUUUACAGAUAUAUUUCCUUUUCAAAUUGAAAUGUACUAGAUGUACUUUUCAAAUGUAUUUAGAUGUUUUUAAAAGCUUUUUUUACAUGUAAAAAAUAUGAUUGCAUGGCAACGAAUAUUAUGUAAAUGAUGUAUAGUUUAUCAAAAUCUACUUACUGUGAAAAUUAGAUUUAGAGAUACAUCAUGGUCAUGUGAGGGAUAGUCAUAACAUGAAACUUUUUUAAUGUAGAUAUAUCUGUACUGUGUCUCUUAUGAUGUUAAAUGGGCAUUAGUUUUAUAUGUGCAGGAAACUAAAUAAAUGCAUACACUUCAACAAAUUCAAAA